AUGCUCUCCGUGGGCAGCCCCGCGCAAGCCCCGGCAAGAAAACGAUGCCGAAGGGAAGGUUCAAAAUGGACGAGGUCCGGUUGUCUCACGUGUAAGAGGCGUCGAAAGCGCUGCGAUGAAGAGAAACCGAGUUGCCGCAGUUGCGUGAGAUUAGGGCUGAGCUGUGAAGGCUAUGGGUCAAUCUGGGCAAAGCCGCUCAACCCGUCCGACCAGGUGUUCCAGCAGUAUGAACCGGUGCCCAAGCGUCGGAGGAUCGACGCCUCGGCCUCGGAGUUGGGGUCAUCUCCAGCAUCCACACGAGAGCCAUCGUCCCCGUGCUCGACUGUCUCGACCUGCCCGUCCAUCUCUCUCUCAUCACCCUCGGACAGCAAUGCAAUCGAAAUACGCACGCCGUCCGCGGACAAUUCAGACUUCGAUGAUGUGGAUACUAGCCGUGGCAAAGAGGUGGUCCCGUGGAAUGCGCCUGUCGAAUUCGGUCUAGGGAUCCUCGAUCCCUCGGGACAUAUGAGUAACCUCUCCCACCUGGAAACCCAUUUUCUUCAAUACCACAUGGAGCAAGGGUCCAAGUUGCUGGCAAACCUGGACAGCGACGAGAACCCUCUACGUUCCCUGAUCAUCCCCAGGGCCCUAUCCUCACCCCUCCUGAUGAAAGCCCUCUGUGCCGUGUCUGCGAUGCAUCUCGCCAAUCGGUCCCAGGACAACCUGCACGCCCAGACGGCGGCGGCCAAUUACUACAUUCGAACAAUGAGUGGGAUUCGUGCCGCGCUAUUCCAGUCUCCUGGUCAACCUUUUACUGAUGACUCCAUCCUGUCGGUGGCUCUUCUGGUGAAAUACGAGAUCGUACGGGGAAGCGUGAAGCAGUGGGCCACGCAUCUCAAGGCAUUGGAAAAUCUGGUCAUCUCCCGCGGUGGCUUCGCGACAUUUGACACCGACCUGGCGGAAUUUCUCUGGGGCCUGUUUAUGUACGCGCACAACCUGGCCAAAGUGACCAACCGCAGACCCGUCACACAAGAGCUUAUCCCCGGCACGGAGCAUCUCAGCCUCACAAAGCUUGACAGCUAUAUCGGUUACACAGAGGAUAUUAUCCGGAUAUCGGCCCGCAUCGCCGACCUCCCUUGUCUCCGCCAUGACCCCGUCGCCCUGAUCCUAGAAAUUCAGACAAUUGAUUCGUCCCUCCGCAGUUGGACCCACACCAUGAAGCAAUACAACCUUCCUCGGGGCAUCACGGCAGCCGCCAUACAGCGCCUCCUCAUGGUCGCAGAGUGCUUCCGCGAUUCGUCGUACAUCCAUCUCCAUUCCAUACUGAAACGUAUGAGUCAGGAAAUCGCCGGGCCAGAUCUGUAUACACUAUGGUCUUCGUUUGUCUCGACGUCGAAAGAUGCGGCUUUGCAGAGCUGCGUAACUAGGCUCAGGUCGUUCCCACUGGAUCAGUACUGCGAGUACUCGGCUCUCACCUCCCCCCUCUUCUUGGUUGGGGCCGAGAGCGAAGAUCCCGCUACGCGGGCUCUUGUCAUCGAGUCAUUGGAUAAGCUGCAGUCUAACUUUGGCAUUGGAAAUGUGAAACGGGCUAAGGAGGUGUUGCACCUGCUUUGGGAUGGAGAGAUGAGGCAUUGGCUGGACGUGUUGGAGCACCUCCAGUGGGACCUGGUACUCGCUUGA